CGCGAGAAAUCCCAAACUAACGUUUGACGAAGACGUCGACACUUUACUAACCCACAGCAACACCGCAAAGGUACUUGGACCGACCUCGUCGCGCGCAAACCGGUUACUAACGUGUACUCGCAAAGAUGGUCGCCGCAAAGAAGCACGUCCCGAUCGUGAAGAAGCACACGAAGCGCUUCAACCGCCACCAGUCGGACCGCUUUAUGCGUGUCGACCCAUCAUGGAGAAAGCCAAAGGGAAUCGACAACCGUGUCCGCAGACGCUUCAAGGGUCAGGCCGCUAUGCCAAAGAUCGGCUACGGUAGCAACAUCAAGACCCGCCACAUGAUGCCUUCCGGCCACAAGGCUUUCCUCGUCAACAACACCCGCGACUUGGAUCUCCUCCUCAUGCACAACAAGACCUACGCCGCUGAGAUCGCACACGCCGUCUCCUCGAGGAAGCGGAUAGAGAUUGUUGCCCGUGCUAAGCAGCUCGGUGUGAAGGUCACCAACGGCAAGGCCAAGAUCACCACUGAGUCGUAGAGGAAUUGGGAAGGGACGUCUCACUUUACGCGGGCAAUGAGAACAGGCGAUCGGAUGACAAGGCAGCAUGGCGCAUAUUGUGGAGCAAUGGAAAUAUGACUUUUACAUUGGACAGGCCGACUCAGUUCAGGCCAGUCGAGUCUACACAAACGCCGCCAGCGCCUUCGCUAUGACAACGUGCCAUUACGUAGCGAUCAAGUCGCUUGCAAGCAUUGAAGAAAAGACUUUCAUACCCCAUUUCCGUGU